AGGAAAAAAGAAAAAAAGUGAACAUCGAUACGGAUUACGGCAUGGGAAGAUAAAGCUUGAGCCUUCGAACUUGAAGAAGUAUUAUUAGCAUGUGCAAUUGCGUCCCUUUGAGCCCCUUUCCCUCCUCCAUCAUCAAAAUUAGAAACCCAUUGCUCAAAAAUCCACAAAUUUCAGAUACCCACUUCCCAAUUAUCACGAAUAAUGGCCGAUUACAGUUCCUUGGAUGCUGUAUGAAAGCAACCCCAUCUCCAAGUUCAAGCGUAGAGGGAGAUGGAUAUGGGCAGUUGGAGUUUGACGACGAUGAAUUGGAGCUCAAACGACGUCGUACCGAUGCUACCUUGGAGAAAAUUAGUGACAAGGAGUUGAAGGGGAAGAAGGGCAACAAGAAUGGGGAUAAAUUGGUUAGCAAGAAGCAACUGAUGAAGAGAUCAAAUAUGGUGGCCAAGCAAGUGAUAAGCAUCCAAUCUGCUCAAACCUUAGGCUUUGUGUCUCAAUUAUGGGUGGAUACUACUUCAUGGUUAGUGUUGGCUAUGGAGGUAAGGCCAAGCUUACUUGCUGGGGAAUCAGAAAGGAUUCUUCUACAAGAUAUCAACAAGGUCGGAGAUGUUGUCCUUGUUGAAGAUGAGAGAGUGAUGGAUAAUGACUUUAAGAUGGUUAGACUCGAGACUCUGGUAGGAUACCGAGUUGUAACUCCAAGAUAUCGAAACAUCGGGAAGGUUCGGGGCUAUACUUUCAACAUUAAUUCUGGGGCUGUUGAAUCUCUUGAGAUCGAUGCUUUUGGGAUAUCCAUCAUUCCAUCAAGUUUGGUGAGCACUUAUGCUUUGCUUGUUGAGGAUGUGCUUGAAGUUAUAGCUGACAGAGUAGUCGUUCACGAAGCUGCAGCCUCACGCUUACAGAGGCUGACAAAGAGAUCCAUGCCUUUUGGGGCCAGUUCAACUCAGCAAAUCCCACCUUUCUGCAACAAAAUUCCCAUGAACAUGCACUUAGAAUAAAGCUUAGCUCAUAUUGUGGCAAACAAGCAACUUUCCGGGGCCCGUUUGAUAAGCGUACAAUUUUCUACUAUUAGAACGAUGUAUUGAGGCAUAUGGAUAUAGUAGCAUAUCAACAUCUUGGGUAAAAGUAUCAUAGAGGCCAUUAUAUUAAGAGUCAAAUUGCAUUUUGCAUCUUCUACUAAGGGCAUAUAUAUUAGUCUCUGUACAUUAAAUCAAAGAACAAACUGGUCCUUUUGUUAAAAAUUACAUCUGUUCUUACUGUUAAAAAUGGUCCAUAUACGUCGGCAUGAGGUACACGUGGCAUUUCACGUAUAAUUGUCUGGUUAUUCUAUCAGCUAUACCAAUUUUUAACAAUAGAAAUUGAUAAUUUUUUAACAGAAAUGAUUGAUUUACUCUUUAAUCCAAUUUACAGGGACUAAUUUAUCCAUUUUUUAGUAAAUGAGUUAAAAUACAAUCUGACUCUUAAUACUGGAACCUCCAUUAUACUUUUACCCAACAUCUUGUAUGUUUGUGAUUAUAUUAUAUGCAUCCAUAACCCAAACUUGGUUUAACACCUAAGUUGUCUAAUGACUUCUCCCACAUAUUUAGAGAAGUUGAUAUAUGUUUUAGAAUUGGAAUUUUUUUGCUUGUAAUAAUUUUCAUUGUAUUUAUAGGGUUAGUAUUUGGUACACUAACAAUGUAUUUUCUUAUUUCACAAGUAGUGUACGAAUAUUAUUCCUUAUUUAUAUUGUAAAUAACUUAGGGUCCAAGUACCAUAGAGGCCACGUAUCAAGAGUUAGAUUGUAUUUUACUCUCUAUAACAAAAAUGGGAAAGUAAUCUAUGUACAUUAGAUCAAAGAGAAAAUUGGUCUUUUAAUAAAAAUUUUAUUCAUUUCUCCUAUUAAAAAUUGGUCCUUGUAUGUCAGUAAUUCCGUCAGUCAUUCCAAUUUUUAAUAGUAAAAAUAGAUAAUAAAAAAAAUUAUAGAAUGAUCAAUUUGCUCUUUAUCUUACAUAUAUAGACGAAUUUGUCCAUUUUUUAGUAGAGGAGGCAAAAUGCAAUCCGACUCUUAGUACGGGAGUCUCUACGGUACUUUUACCAGUAAUUUUGCCAUUAGUUAAAUCUGUCACUCGCUUA